GGCACGCGCAAUAUUAUUGUGGCCGCACGCGCAAUAUUAUUGCGGCUGGCGCUUUUCUCGAUCGAAAUCAAUUGACAUGAGCAUGGACAGUGGUGGAGCCAUCGCCACACUUCGCUUGGUUUCGUGGUGCUUGCUUGUCUCGUUCUCUCGUCUUCUAUUCGUGUCCUCUUGUUGUCUCCCUCGGCAACAGCUUCUGGGCAGUGAUUUCCUACCGUGCUUUCAUUUCCAACACCCUCCAAGACGAUGAGUUCCAGUUUGAGUACCUAUGGUGCCUCGGUGCCCAUGCUCUACAGCACUCACGAAGUGCGAGAGCGUCGCUCUGUAAGGCAUUGGAUUGAGAAGGACGCGCUCAAGAGUCUUCAACACAUGGAGCAGCAACAACAAGACCAACCUAAAGAACAGCCAGACCAACAGCCUCCAUCAGUUCCCCAGGUCGGUCCGCCGUUGGAAAUUGGAUUGCGAAAGGCCAUUGUUGUUGGUUUCUCGGGAGGUUGGACGGCUGCUGGAAUCAACCUGACUUUUGGCCGCUACACUACCAACCCAUACCCCAGCAUUACCAUUUCCGAUGGAAAGCAUGAAGUCAAGGCCUACUUGACAGCCGAAUCGUCUCAAUCAUCUGCAUUUUGGGCAAGACCCACACUCUCCGUUGGAUCCAUGAUUCAAAUUGAAAAGGCAGACUUUGUACUGGAAUCCACUCUGCUUCCUCCUCCACCCGAAACAACCGAUGCAGGAAGCAGCACCAAACCUGAUGACGCGUACGUGCUGGCUGUGCGUUCCAGUAUUCAGCAUAUAGACCGGAAACCUGUCUUGGAUUUGAACAAAUCUAACAAAUUGAAGCAAUGGUUCAAUCGAAAGGCGGCAUCUACAGAUCCACCAGAACAACCCAUGGAACCAGCUCAGAUGGGAUCGACGGAACAGGCGGGAGAGGAAAAAGACGACAAUGCCGGGGAGAAUGAUGAUGACGACUCCACGAGCAGUGAUUCUUCCACUGAAAGUGAACACAGCUCCGCAGAAGGAGAAACAGAGGGUGGCGGAUCGAAGAAGGAACCAACAGAUGAUGACAGUCCAGCAAAGGCUGUCCGAAGACGCAAACACAAGCGAACGUUGAUUGCAAGCGGCGUCCCGGAACCUUCCCCACAGCGCCGUCCGCCACCUGCCAAGAAGCAGUAUGUGCAGGCAGGACGUGGAAGACCCUCCAAGUUGUCUUGGGAAGAGAAAGUGAACCACUUGAUCGCGUACAAAGCGGAGCACUCUCACUGCAAUGCGCCAGUUGGAUGCAAACAAGGGGAAUUUGCUCUGGGAAGUUGGAUCAACCAACUAAGGAUGGGUAAAGGAUCCUUAAGCGAAGAACAGAAGAAAGAGCUUGACGACCUAGGUUUCAUCUGGGAUAUGGCAGAGCACAACUGGCAACGAAAUUUUCAAGCGUUGUGGAUUUCAAAAACGAAAAUGGCCACACCUGUGUGCCAAUCUCCUACAAGGAUGAUGCAGGAAACUUGGGAACCUGGGUCUACAAUCAACGUCGAGCAAAGCGUUCCGGCAAGCUGCUCGCUGAGCGUCAGAAGAAACUCACUCAACUUGGGUUUGAGUGGGAAGUCAGAGUGCGUAUUACAGUAUAGCCAGUGAUCAAAAGGGCGAUGUUUGGUUUGUCAUGUAUUUCUAACUUGCUUUCUUCGUUCAACUGUUGCUUCAACUGUUCUGACAGCGUGGUAAGCGGGCUUCAUCAUAAAGAUCUGAGCAUAGGAACCCGCCUGGUGAAGCAUUUGCUGGUUGCCACUGCUUGUGGAUGUUUGGAAGCUAUGUUGGACAUGGCGGCAUAGGCAGAUGGUGGUUUGGAGCAGUUGUCUGAUUCAACGAUCACCAAGGGGUGCUAUCAGCCACAAAUACAGCGUUGACUACCGGUAUCCAGCGCCAGCUGGGGGUGCUAGCUAGUAGCAAGAAGCAGCAGACAUAGUUAAGCUAUCUACUAGUUGCCACUCAUCUGUCU